CCACAGCGGCUUGAAAUCCUUUGACGAUCUGGUCCAUGGGCGCACAGCCGUUUCAACGAUCUUAGUAGCAUUACUAGGUCGUGGCCUACUUUACUAUGGAGAAGUGAGAUCCACCAGGAUGAAAGAAAGGCGAAUCAGCCGGCCAUCACGUGCGCCUCACCCGUACCCGAUCUCCUCCCACCGCCAGAGACCGAGCUCUAGACUCCAUUACCUACGAGCGAACCCAUCCACUCGUUCGUAGCUGACCCAUGAACAGCAUUUCUUACGUCUCCUCUUCAGCAUGUCAGCAACCAUCCACUCUCGAGUUGUGGAUGUUGACCGACUUAUUCCUCGAGUCGUGAGCCACGACCGUGAAGAGCGAGACGUAGAGAAUCUCCUCCCCUGGAUAUUCAAACACACCGAAAUAGCUGAAGAAGAGUAUUUGGAGGACUGGCCGGAUGGAAGCAACAGGCUUACGUUCUUCUUCAAUGAGCUCGUCUCCUACUAUGCCGACUUUGACCCACGAGGACCGGACCUCGCGGCCAUGCCGAUGCGAGAGGACAUUGUUCUGCCCCGGAAAAGCUGGUCCGGGUCGGACCGGGACCGAGCUCGGUCUCUUAUCAAAACACAAGGCAUGCUUUUACGCCUCCUGAUGCAGACGGUAUAUGAGCGUCUGGAGAGUGUUGUGAAGCAGGAGGUGGAGAUUCGGUUUCCUAUCUCCGCAUCGACAGUUAAAUACGUGAUUGGCGGGAAACAGUAUGGUAGUAGGCCAGAGGGCGAGAUCACCGUUGGUCCGCGGGAUGAACGUCUGCCUAUCAUAUCUUACACAGGAGUAUGUCUUGGCUGAUUACUUCUGGUGCUCAGACCAUGAAGCCUUCGAGCUGGAAUUCACGCGAGGCUACAAUCUAUGUCUCAAGAAGGAUUGGCUGGAAGCUACGCGUGCUCUGUCUAGGCUGUUUCGAUACCUGCUGAGUGGCA